AGGGUAGAAGCGUAUCUUUCAUACAAAAGUCAAAACCAUGCUUGCAGCUUGCAAGGCCCCCACGGUCUUUGCUUCAGCUCUGAAUUAUUUUGAUUGUUUGUAAUUUCUAGUUUUUGACUCGCCAUGGCUUCCUUGACAAGAGCUUCGCGGACAGCGUUCCGCGUUCUGUCAUGUGGCUCGAGUGCAACGAAGGCGAGUGCAGCUGCUUGCAGAAAUUUCACUGUAUCCACAACUCGUUUUGAUGCUCAACUCAUCGAUGGAAAAAAGAUUUCUGCAGAAAUCCGCUCGGAACUGAAGUCAGAAAUUGAUGGGCUGAUUGCCAAGGGUGAAAGACAGCCCAAGCUAGCUGUUGUUUUAGUUGGGGAUGAUGGAGCAUCUGCUACUUACGUCAAGGCGAAAAAAAAAGCUUGCAAUGAAGUCGGUGUACUGGACGAGACCAUCUUGAGACCCACCAGCAUAACGCAGACCGAGCUGAUGAGUCUCAUUGCUGACCUCAAUGCUAGACCUGAUGUAGAUGGUAUUCUCUGUCAGUUGCCUCUUCCCGAUGGAAUGAACGAACGUGCUGUCUGUGACGCUAUUGAUCCAGCAAAGGACGUGGAUGGCUUCAGCGCAGCGAAUAUGGGUCAAUUUGCUAUGGGCCAGAAAUCUUUUAUCCCUGCCACUCCAGCUGGAGUAAUGGAGCUGCUGAAGCGAUACAAAGUGGAGACGUUUGGCAAGAUUGUUACCAUAGCUGGACGAUCGAAGAACGUCGGCUUUCCGCUUGCUAAUCUCCUUCACUCUGAUGGCCGUUACACUGAGGGUGGUGGUGACGCUACAGUGCUUCAUUGUCAUCGCUUUACAGAACCGCAAGAUUUGGAGACAUGCUGUCGUAUGUCUGAUAUCAUCAUUGUCGCUACCGGUGUUGUGGGUCUGAUUCGUGGUGACAUGAUCAAGCCCGGAGCCACAGUCAUUGACAUCGGACUGACGCGCGUCAAGGGCGAUGACGGAAAGAUGAAGCUCGUCGGCGAUGUACAGUACGACGAGGCGGUUAAGGUGGCGGGCUUGAUCACCCCAGUGCCUGGCGGUGUCGGCCCUAUGACCGUGGCUAUGCUUUGUAAAAACACGCUGACCGCUUACCAGCAACCUGUUAGAUAAUAUGUAUUUUUACCACUAUGUAGGGACGAGUCGCUAGGGUUUACCGGGUGUUAGCGCCCGUCGUGAGUUCCCUUUGGGAACGGACACGAUAAUUUACUUUUUUUACUUUUUACUUAGGGACGUUUUAGUCUUUGUUUUCAUGUCGAUUUGUCAAUCCUAUCAACCCAAUAUCCUAGAUCCGGUGGGUCUGAACACUUCAAAAAAAAAAGUUGCCCGAAGUGGCAUCUGUGGUAGUUGAUGUCGCCAUGUGUAGUUGCAUGUUUAACCCCGUGACUACAUGCACAGCUAAUUUCUGGAUCCGUUCUUGAGGUCAAGAGCAGUAAAAGCAACAGCAACAGCAAAAACCUUUCUUCGGAACAUUGGGACAAAACCCUGACAAGAAUAAUUCAAUGAACGA